AUAUACAAUCUUUACCGUAACAGUGGGCAGUUUCUUUUCCGUAAGAAGACAAUGAUGGAAACUUUAUUGUUGAUUUCGAUGACGUUACUUCUUUUUGCCUCUAAGGGUAUGUAUUUAAAAUAUAGUAGGUUUCAAAUGACACGUUUGAACUAAAAGCCAACAAAUUCAUUUUUGUUUGUGUGUGUUUUGUGGAAAUUCGUAUGUAUUAUCACGCGAUACCAGUAUAUCAAACUAUAUUUCAACUAUGUUUGGUUUUUCCGAAGCUAAGAUUCAAUGUUCGUGGAUGAUGCAAAAAUUUCGACAUCCUAAGGACCCCCGGGGGCCUUAGUCAGGCAAUUUUUACAAUAUUUUUUAGGUUUCCAUACACUUAGAAAUAAUUUCGACAAGAAAAAGUCGAAAUAAUAAAAAAAAUCAGCCAAAAAAAAAAAAAAAAAAAAAAAAAAAAAAAAAAAAAAAAAAAAAAAAAAAAAAAAAUAAAGAAAAAAUUGAUAAAAAAAAAAAGAAAAAAAAAAAAAAAAAAAACCAAAAAAAAAAAAAAAAAAAAAAAAAAAAAAAAAAAUUAUUACAAAAAAAGUAAUUGCAUUUCAUGUUCUUCGUUUUUGAAAAAAACAAACAGCAACCGGACUUCAGUUCAACGUCCAACCGACUAAGAUUGAAAUAGGUCUCUCUACUCGCUUUGACAUCGUCUGUUCUUUCAACCACGGAACUGACAAUGAGUUGUCCAGCUUGGUUUCGCUCAUUGUAUCUCGCUCAAAAAACACAACAUAUGAGGAUUAUCGCGAGCUAGCUUCCGUUGAUGCGCUGUCUGGCCACGUGACGGUCAUGGUGCAGAGCAACGCAACCAUUUCCGGUGCCAUCAACAACCGCGGUGUGUCCUAUCUCAAGAUGGAGUGGAAAUUUCCGGACGACGAGGUGUCGGGUCUCUACAAAUGUCUCGCCAAUGGCGUAGACGGAAGUGGACAUCCCAUAGGUGUCGUGUCUACAAAUCAGGUUACAAGUGAGAUACCGGAUGUCAGACAGUUAGUAAACGUGGUCCACGAUGUCUUGAUUAACAUGGACUCCGCUUUAGGAAACAUGUGUAUAUCAGGUAUGUAAUAGUGUAUGAAAAAUAAAAUAUAUGAUAAAUCAGAACCAAUUGGUACAGAUGACGUAAGUACUUUUGCUAGUAAUAUUACAUUAAAAAUAUUUUAAAGGUGAUUCUCUACUCCAUAAUAUCGGCUAGGAAAAAUUAACAAAUUACCUAAGGUUAAUAUGAAUUUUUAAUUUAAUAUAAAUGUUUAAUUAUUUGUGGGGCUACAGCAUAUGUCUUUGUCCAGCCUCAUCAUCAUUUUUUUUCAAUAUAGACGACCACCUCUUCCUGUGUCGCAACAGCUCUAAAAAAGCUUUAGUCUGCCUCGCAACUUCCUUUCACUCCGAACUCCCAUCCAUCCUUGUUUCGCUACAGCCCGUUUAGAGAUUUAGCCUCACUCACCUCUUCCUUACACUUAUUCCUUUCAUCUCUAACUGUGUCGCUACAGCCCGUUUAGGGCUUUGGCCUGCCUCACCACUUUCUUCUACUCCUACCUCCCAACAAUCACACAUGUUGCUACAGUCCGUUUAGGGAUUUAGCCUACAUCACAACUUUCUUUCUUUAAUUCCUUCCACCCUUAAGUGUGUAGCCUCAUCCCUUAUAGAGCUUUGGCCUGCCUCACCACUUCCUUCCACUCAGACCUUCUAUCCAUCCCUGUGUAGCCACAUCCCUUAUUGAGCUUUGACCUGCCUAACCACUUCCUUCAACUCAAACUUCCCAUCAAACCUUGUGUAGCCACAUUCCGUAAAGAGCAUUGAUCUGCCUAACCACUUGCUUCCACUCAAUUCUCCCAUCCUCUCUUAUGUAGCCACAGCUCGUAUAGAGCUAUGGCCUGCCACACCGCUUCCUUCCAGUCAGACAAUAUUGAUGUUUCUUCUUUCCAUGCUUCGAUUCCAUGAUGCUGUACAUAUUUUUUCCAAAUCGUUAAGAAAUUGAAGUCAAAGUUUAUGUGUCUUGGUGUGUUGUUCCAUUCCUCCAUAUUUGAUAAGUUCUGCCGUGAUGAGAUUUUCUCCAUGGGCUUGUGGUUUAUCAGAGUUCAUUGCUUCCUUAGUUUCUUCCAAAAUUGGGGUCUGGGGGUUAUUAAAGCUUCUGGUUCUACAUAAUGUGGUUAAAUAUCAUUGUCUCGUCUAUUGGCUGCAAUAAGUUUUCCCUACAAAUAUCCAGCCCACCACUCCAAUACGUGACUUUUUCCAUAAUUAGUUCUCCACCUUUCCUCUACCCCAUUUGUGGUCUGGCGUGGCAUACAUUAUUUGUUUUACACGUAUGAGGUAUACGAUGUUAUGUCCAUUAAAGCUCAUAACUUUUAUGUAUGUUUAUUAUGUCUCUCAUCUAUUGCAGGAUGUUGGCAGAGCCGGUUGGAACAGAUGAGGAAAGCGAGGUUUGUAAUAUCCUCUUUGUACAAUGGCCACAGAUAUCUCUUGUCUAAAACUGCCAGCCUUGCCUCCGUUGCUGUGGCCCAAGAGUCGUGCGAACUCUAUGGAGGUUACCUCGCUGAGAUUUAUGACGAUUUUGAGCUGUUAUUUAUACAAAACUUUAUCAAAUCACCCCCAGGAAUCGACUAUACCAUGGUUUUAAUUGGAGGAACCGAUUAUGGUCACAAGAAUCAUUGGGUUUACGAUCGCAAUCAAAGAAACGUCACAUACACUAAAUGGAUUCCCGGGAAGCCAUCAACUACUGCUAACUAUAACUGCUUGUACCUAGCAGCACCUACAUGGGCGAUGUCCAACUAUAUAUGUUUUGAAGUCACAAGAACAUAUAAUACCAGAUACCUCUGUGAGGUACCCGAGGAAUGAAAGCUCAAGAAAUCAAGCAUUGGAAAGUCUAUACAUUGUUCUCCUUUCCUUAAAUAUAUAACUUGACAUUAAAAUGACUUAGAAAAUCAUUUUUGAUUUAGUCUCAAUAGAUAUUAUUUUUUAAAGUCAAGAUUGUACGUAUUAUUGAGCACACAAAAAACUUUUAAAUUAAUUGUGAUGUAAAAGAAAAAUAAAUACUAUUAUUUUUUACAGUAUGUGCCAAAAUUAAAUGUGCUGAAAUUUCCGCACCUUGAACGCGUCACAUCCAUUUGAUUUGUCAUCCGUGCACAUCUCUGGACGAUACGUGUUCUUAUGGGUUGUGAUUACGUGUUAUUGUGUAGUUGUGUUUAUUGAAACGAGUCUUUCAAAGCCGAAAAAACGCAUAGAUGAGUUAUCUCUUACUUCAGUGGCCUUGAAGGGGAACACGUUUGGUGGCACUUCCGAGACAUUAUUAAUACAACGGAGCCAAUUAACACGUUUAUGCUGUCUAUUGUUGUAAAAUUUCGAUCUUCUGAUAUUCAAAGGUAGAGGACAAAUUUUCACAUACAUUCCUAUAGCAUUUUGAAUCCAUGAUCAAAAGAAAAACUGUACCAAAGUAAAUAAUCCUGGCUCUCAUAAUAACUUCCUAUAAUGUGUUCCUUUUUUCCCCCUAUUAUGAAGACAUGGCGGCUGGAAUUAUGCAACGUAAGACAACCACAGUGUGUGCUGAAGAGGCGGGAGUGUCCGUGUUUGUCAUUACUGUAUGUUCUCAUUGUAAGUGAACAUUGGUGCUUUGAUUUCUAGCAAAAUUUGUAACCGCUGUAUUUUUAGGGUUUUCCUCUUAGUGGUUAAUGACAAACAAUAUUUUUUUGUGUUCAAAUUUAAUUUGAAAUAUAUUUUUUUUUUAAAAAGGAAGAAAAAAAAUAUGAUGUGCUACAAAACAAGAGACAGCAAUGAAUUAGAUAUGAAUUUAAAAAAACAUAUAAUUUGUCAAUAGUAUUCUAUGUUGGAAACUGAAGCUUUUUUAAUUCAUUCGUAAAUCUAUCCAGUGUCUUUAGUGUCACAUGAAGGAGGCAUCUCUAUAUGAAGGAUGCAUCUGUAGCUAAAGGGGGCAUUUCAAGCUGAAAAAGGCAUAUCUGGCUAAUCUAGCAUCUCUUUCUAAAGGUGGCAUCACUAGCUAAGAAGGCAUCUGUACCUGAAGCAGGCAUCUCAAGCUAAAGAAGGCAUCUCUAGUUAAGGAGGCAACUACCUAAAGGACUCACCCAGCUGAUUGGGGUAUCUUGCCAAAGGAGGCAUCUCUAGCUUAAGGAGAUACCUGUAAAUGAAGGAGUCAUCUCUAGCUGAAGGCGCAUCUCUAACUGAAGGAGGCAUGUCUAGCUGAAGCAGGCAUCUCUUGCUGUAGGCGGCAUCUCUAGAUGAAGGGGGUCAUCUAGCUGAAAUUUUCUUUUAUUAUCUUAUUUCUGUUCAAUCCUUAUUUUUGUUCUAGUCCCACUGUUUUCUCGACACGGCUUGAACUCAGACCUAGCACCCUUUAUUUUUCCCCCGACCAGCAUUUGAAAAUAGUCAAUGGUGUUACAUUAUUAUUAUUUUUUUUAAAAAAUCAAUUGAUCUACUGUACUUUCUGUCAAUUCUAGCAGAUAUUAUACGCCUUUAUUGUUUACGAGACACACAUCCAAACAAGUAAUUUUAGGGUGAAAUGUUCAAAGAUCCAAGAUUAUUAAUUCUGUGUUUGUUCAUUAAUUGCUUUUAUUUUAAACUAAUGUUAUUUAUAAUAAAGUUUCU